GUCAAAAUUGGAAGUUUAGAAGGUCAGCAGUUCUAUUCUCUCAAUUCACUGAGGUGACUACCAAGAAUCAGAGACGAAUCGAACGAGGAGGAAUUUGCUGAUUUCCAACUUCCAGAUUCUUCAUUCUUUGAAGAUUUAAGUGUACAUGAAAAUGAAAAUGAUGAUGGCAAGCAAAUAUUAGCCGUGACAGUGUCAAUUUUUUAUUUUGUCUAUUGAAACGGAGAUUUGAAAACGAUCUUGUACAUAUGGCGGAUAAGAUGAAUGUCAAGAGCGAAGCUAGCAGUAGCAGUAGUACCAUUGACAAUGGUAAAGACGAAAGCGUCAUUGAUGACUAUGGUCACCUGAAAAGCUCUUGCGGUUAUUGCAAAUCUCGAUCCAACACCAGUAUUGCUCACGGUUUAUGGGCACACAGUUUGACUGUUCAUGACUACCAAGCUCUUCUUGACAGAGGUUGGAGGAGAUCAGGUUGUAUUCUCUACAAACCUGAAAUGGAGAAAACGUGUUGUCCGUCUUAUACAAUUCGUUUGAAGGCAAGUGAUUUCGUCCCUUCUAAAGAACAAGUUCGUGUAGCUAAACGAAUGCAGAGGUUUCUAGAUGGUUCACUUAGUAUCGAGAAUUCAGAUGAACAAAAGGACAUCAUGGUAGAUAACCCUAACAGGUUACAAUCAAACCGCAUCGACCAAAUGAUCGACUAUCUGUCUGACCAGAUUAAUUCAAGUGUACUAACAUGCAUAGAACAAGGGGAACUUCCUAGUGAAAUUCAAUUCCCUAAAGCUUCCGUCAAAAGUGUUGCACCAAACAAGAGGAAGUUACAAGCCGAAGAAGCUCAAGAUCUUGUGUAUACCUGCAACAUUUCUUUUCAAAUUGCCGCUGCUUUAAGGCGGCAGGCCCAAAAGAAUGUUGGCACAGGAACAGAUUCAUCAUUAGUUGCAGAAAUGCUAUCGAAACAUUUAAAUAAGUUAGCAUCAGCUCUCAGUUUGUCUGUAAAAGCUUGCAAUGGACAUGUUAAUUUCUAUUGUGCUGAAACACAAGAUGUAACAGUGGGAAAACAUGUGGUUUCUCACGGGAGUUCUUCGAAUAACCCUGAAAAUUUUCAAGUCAAAAGACAGAAUCUUGAGAUUCGUCUAAAAAGGUCAACUUUUGACCGGGAAGAAUAUGAAUUAUACCGAAAAUACCAGAUUAAAGUGCAUAAUGAUACACCAGAUCAUGUGACUGAAAGUUCUUACACGGAAUUCUUGAUCGACAGUCCAUUAAUAUUUGUUCAACCAAAUGGAGACGGUACUGUUCCGUCAUGUGGGUUUGGUUCUUUUCAUCAACAAUAUCUGGUUAAUGGCAAACUGGUUGCAGUAGGUGUGAUAGAUAUUCUCCCUAAAUGUUUGUCUAGUAAAUAUCUAUUUUGGGACCCUGAUCUUGCGUUUUUGUCACUCGGUAAGUACUCAGCACUACAAGAAAUAAAUUGGGUCAAAGAAAGUCAAAGACAGUGUCCGAUCUUGCAGUAUUAUUAUCUUGGAUACUAUAUUCACUCCUGCAACAAGAUGAGGUAUAAAGCAGCUUAUCGUCCCUCUGAGCUUCUCUGUCCUCUUCGUUACGAGUGGGUUCCGUUUGAUACUGCUAAGAGGCUACUUGAUAGAAAAUCCUAUGUUGUAUUAUCGGAUUUUGCCAUAUUGCAAAAUGAGUUGUCUUUGUUGCCUAAUGCAAGUGAAGAUCAAAUUGAAGAAGAAGAAACCGCUAGUUUGAUUCCUGCAAAAAUGAGAAAAGAUGCCAGCAAUAUUGUCAUUGGUUUGAGGGGAAAGCAUCUGAAGUAUAAGGAUAUACGACAAGCUUUUGGACCCAAUGAACAACUGGAAUGUCGAUUGGAUAAAUACUUGACGGCUGUUGGUACUGAUCUCUCUGAGCGAAUGAUUUACUCAAUUGACUGAUGCGUUCUUGAAUCAAGUUAAUUGUGAGAACAAGAAACGCUUCAAAAAGGUGGUUAUUGUUGUUGAAGAAGAUAUGAGGUGUGCUAAUAAAGGCGUUGUUUGGGUCUAUGCGGGUCUGUUCGGAGACUAGAAAUGGGCAAAAUUUUAAUAUGAUGUGUGCCAAAAAAAUGUUAUUAUAAAUGUAUCACUAUUAUGCAUGCAUAUUUAUUUUUUUAAAGUAAAAAGGUAUAAAAUAAAAAUUCUGAAGUUAAUUUUUCUUGGCA